AUGGAGGCCCUCUUCUCAAUACCGGUGCUGUCCGUUUUCCUCAUUCCGGUCCUGUCAUCCUACAGCACCAGCCUGAACCUCCUGUUCUUCUACAUGACUUGGUCAACACUGGUACUGUCGCAUUCCCGGCUCCGCGUGGAACUGUUCGGGACGAUCGCCGUGCGCGUACUCUUCUACGCACUGCCGUCUAUUGUCUUCUUCCUCUUUGACAUCCUGACCCCGUCGGCUGCGAUCCUCAUCAAGGCGCAAGGCGCAACCGGCUUGCCAGGUGGGAGGAGGCGACGUCGAAUCCACGCGAAGGAAUUCAAGAUCGCUGGGUGGGCACUAUUCAAUCUAUUCUUGGGUAUCGUUGUGCAGGGAAUACUUGAAACGAUACUGGUUCGGACGCUCGGCAAGCGCAGUGCGCUCAAGGUAUCACUGAAGCUUCCUAUGCCAUUUGAGAUAUGUAGGGAUCUGAGCCUGGCGAUGUUUGGGCGAGAACUCCUCACAUAUAUCAUUCACCGCUACGCUCUUCACUCAGGGAGAUCUCCUAUACUUUCCAACUGGCACCGGUCUUGGUACCAUUCAUUGGCUGCUCCGUUCCCAUUGACCGCGCAUUACGACCACCCGGCUGUCUAUCUAGUUAACAAGUUCAUCCCCACCUAUGCACCAGCCAUCAUCUUCCGCUUCCAUAUGCUUACAUAUCUUUUGUACCUGCUGUUGAUUUCUGUCGAGGAGACCUUCGCAUACUCUGGAUAUACUGUCAUGCCGACAAACUUGUUUUUGGGUGGGAUUGCCCGUCGCACAGAUAUGCAUUUGUUGAUGGGUGGAAGGGGCAACUAUGGCCCAUGGGGUGUUAUGGAUUGGAUUAUGGGUACUGUUGUUGGAGACUCGCAAACCACCGACGAUGAGAGUGAUGAGGCAGCAGAUGAGCCGGAUAUGCGGAAAGCGUAUGAGGCUGCGAAGCGAAAGGCUGUUGGGUCUGCGACGAAGCCAAGGCGACGAUGA